UGUUGUUGCGCCGUUGACCGAUCUUUUGAAGUCCUCGGUGAAGUUCGACUGGACUCCGGUAUGCCAGUCUGCUUUUGCGACAGUAAUGGCUCUCCUAACAUCUUCUCCUGUUUUGGCCGCGCCGCAGUUGGACAGGCCGUUCAAGCUGCAUGUGGACGCUAGCCAGAGCCCGGAUGACGAAGUUUUGGACAAAGUGGAGAACACCUACCAGGAAAAGGGGUUUUAGUUGGAGAUAGUUUCGGAAAUGUAGUUGUUUUGUAAUUGUGGUGUCUUUUGAUACUCUGCAAGCUCCUUCUUAAGGGGGGGGGGUGUUACGGCCACAUUGGCCUUUCGGUUGUCGUGGUAUGUGUGCUACGUGUUUUGUCUGCCUUUGCUCUCAUAGGCCUGGAACCGCAUGUUCCAGGAUGGGGGUGUGCCCGCGUACGGGUUGUGUCCCCGUGAAUGGGAUAAAAGGGGGCCUGGCCUGGAGAGACGCGGAGCGGGAGCGGGAGAUUUGAUUUGUGCUUUGCACCAUGAUUGUUCAUAUCUGUUUGAUUCAUUGCUUUUGAGGCAAUUAAAUGAAGAAACAUUGACUUUUCGCGCUGUCUCCUGCCCCGUUUCUUUGUUACGUUUGAGCCGCGUAACAGAGGCCCACGCAGUUGGUAGGCGGGGAUUACAAAUUUUUCAGUGCUACGGCUCACGCCUAGGGAUAACCCAAUAGCGAUAGCCUUAAGGCUGCGCCUAUACUCAUAGAAUCUAGUUACAAUAUGUCGACGAUAUAUCGACGCCAAAAAGGGAGCAGUUUUGUCGACCACGCUGGACACUUUCCUAGAACAGGAAAUUAUGGCUGUGAUUUUCCUGAAACAGUUCCAGAAUCUCGUGGAAGAAGAUAGAAGUAAAAGCAAACAGUAUGCUAAUUUCAGUGGGCGGGGAUUACACAUUUUUCAGUGCUACGGCUCACGCCUAGGGAAAACCCAAUAGCGAUAGCCUUAAAAGGCAGCCUAUACGACAUAGAACCAUUCUUCUCAAACUCGUCGGACAUAAAUGGCAAACUGGAAGGCUGGAGCAAGGGAAAUACGUCACGUUCUCGCUGAAGCUGGUCGUUCGUACCAGCGUACCAUCCAAAUGGAUAGCAGCAUAAUGCUAUUCGGUCAAAUCGAAACGUCAACCUCACGUCUAUUGGUAUUGAUGUUAUAACUUGAAGUCCAUGUUUACAUCCUAAGAAAUUACAACAAUUAACAAAUUCAAUGGUGAUGCUUAAAUCAAGUGAAGGGAUUUGAACAAAAGUUCAAAAGUCUAAAUGGAGUAAACAAUGUAAACAUGCACACCAUUUAAGAAAAUGUAAAUGGUUGGAAACAAAUAAAGUGACCGAUGAAUGAAAAGCGCAAAGCAUUCAGCACCGCUGUGCUGUAUCUGAAACGUCAAAUAUAUUGCCCUGCACUGCGUGCGCGUGUGUGAUAAUGAUAUAAUUGUAUAUCACGGCCAAAAGCUCUGCACGGGGAGCUCUGUAGGGAUUGUGCUUCGCGGGGUUUGUUUACCGGCGUUGCUAUGGAUACUUAAAUUAUUAUAAGCAACUGAAAAAGAUGCCGGUUUUUAUCGAAAUUCCGUUUCGAUAGUAUUGAAGUUACAUGUGUGUAGAUUUGUUUAAUGGUUUGAACGAUGGUAAACGGAUGAAAAAGGAUUGAGUUACGUUCUCAUAAGAAGUAGGUGUAUCAGAAUCGGCAGAUGUCUUCAAUGAAAACAGCUGAAAACGAAGGGGUAUGAAACUGAAACUGAUUCUGAAGAAAGUUUAAAUGAUAUCGAAAUUCCGUUUAGGUAUGAUGGAAGAUACAAGUGUGUAGAUUUGUUAAAUGGUUUGAACGAAGAUAAACGGUUGAAAAUGUAUUUAGUUACGCUACUUCUACAGUUGAAGUACCAAUGGGAGGACGGCUCUACCGUCCUCCCAUUGACUCCCAUGUUAAAAAAAUAUUAUAUUUUAAAAGAAUAUCUUUGAAAGUAUAAAAUAUUAAAAAAAUCUGAACAUGCGCGCGAUUCCAAGCUAUUCUGAAUAUUUAAAAAAUUGAAUGGAGUCUCUAGGUGAAAAAUUGAGGAAGGAGAUAGGUCCCAAAGUUUUUAGAGAAUAAUAAAGAAAUGUAGAAAAAAAGAAUAAAACCUAAGAAGAACAAUAGUUGAGUGCUGCAUGCAGAACUCACCUAAUAAUUACCCUACAAAUAAUAAAAAGAGCCAAGGCACAAAGCCUAUAUAAAACUAUUAGAGUUUCCCACAGAACAGGAUUACAUACGAGACAGAAUUGUUCUCCCUUAUGUAGGCUAAUAUCCCACACAGCAGGAGACUCCUAGGCGGAUCCGCAUAGGAGUCACCCAACCCGCGUUACUGUCACAUCCGUUUUCGCGCCACCCAGAGGACCCGUGUCAGAUCCGACGCGCAAGACUCCUAGGCGGAUCCGCAUAUCCAACGCGCCUUUUACUGCUGAAAGUACACCAAGAGCUGAGAGAUCAUAUAAAUUGAGAUUUUCUUAGCUGGAACACGGUUGCGUAAGCUAUUAUUUGAUUUAUUUAUUUGAUUAUUUAUGGAUAUAUUGCGCAUCCUGAGCGGACCCGUGUCGGACCCGUGUCUAAUCCGCGAACGCGGACGCGCCUUAACGUUUGAAAGCCUAUCACCAAGAGCUGAGGCGAUCAUAUCAGUUGAGAUUUUCUUUGCUGGAACACGGUUGCGUAAGUAUGAUUUAUUAUUGAUUUUCGGACGCGGCAACACAUUUGAAAGCCUUUAAGAGCCGAGACGAAUCAGACGAUCAUAUCAGUUGAGAUUUUCUUGGCUGGAACACGGUUGCGUUACGUAAGUAUGAUUUAUUAUUGUAUUUAUGUAAUUGUUUCUUGAUAGAUUUAGACAUUCCCAGUAAAAAUUGGCCUUUCUGUUUUUUUAAUCAUCAUUUACGUUAUUUGAUUGUCUAUAUUGUUGUAGAUAUAUUGUUUGAUAUUAGGACUAGCAGUAGGGGAGAGCCGGGUCGAUUGAAACACUUUUCAGUUAAACGUCUUUUUCAAAGAUGACGUUACGUAGGGUGAACAUGGGUAAAGUGGGACAGCUAAGCCUUUUUGUGAAUAUCUUUGCGUGGUUGUGCCUUGGGAGUGAGAACCCAUUGGUUUAAUACACUCUGGGAUGUAGAGAGUGAAACAUCAUUGGCAGUGUGGGUGUGAUGUCAUGCAUGGGGGCGUGGUCAGACUACAUUCACGGGCAGAAGCGCGAAAAACAAUGGUAAGACAAAUGACAUGGGGAUUAGAGGUCAAUUGUGUUAAGGCCAAUAUAAUCUUAGAUUUAAAUGUUAGGCAUGUAAAGUUGUUUUCAUAUGUAAUGUGACUACUUUAAGUGUCAAAGUUAAAAAAUAAUGAAUUUAUUUGAUUAAAUAUUUUAGUUAGGGGCAAAUAUCCUGCUGUCCCACUUUACCAGUAGUGUACUUGGUAAAGUGGGACAAGCAUUAUUGUUAAAGUGGGACAGCAAAUAAAGUACUAUUAUGCUCAUUUAACUAUUAUUUAACUGAACUUUUGUCCAAAUAUUGUAUAAAUGAAACACUGUUAAUGUAAUUUUCAUCUCAAAAGGCUAUAUACUUUAUUAUCAACUUUAUUAAAUUGAAUGCUAGUUAGCCACGUUAGCCCUCCACAAUAUCUUACCAUCAGAUGGAAUAAUAAAGAAAAUGUGGGGUUGAUGGUGUAUUUCAGUGGUAUAUUAGUUUAUUUCCUAUAGUUAAUGAACUGAACAUGUAUUUCAGGGACCAGAAAAGCAGAGAGUGAGAGGAAAGGGAAAGGGAGAAAAGCAGAAGAAGAGUCCUAAAUAAGUGGUGUGAGGAGCGUAUGAAGGGAGCGAUAGAGGAAUACAAGGAGAGAGAGGCAAAUGGCUUCAAGCCGAAGUUACGUGUGAUUGCCCGUGCAUGGUGUGUUCCUAAGAGCACAUUACAGCGUCGCAUUAAGGAUAAGGUUAAAGGACAUGAACAUGUCAGUGGCAGGAAGCGGAUUUUGUCCACAGAGAGUGAGGAAGAGCUGCUAGGGCACAUCAAACUUCUUGCUAGCCGUGGAUUUCCUUUCAGAAGAAAUGACAUUCAGAGGCUGGUGUACAAGUUUGCUCAGGGCAAUGGCAUUGCAGGUUUUUCUGAUGCCACACAGCAAGCCGGGCAGUACUGGAUGGACAGUUUCCUGCGCCGGCAUAGCAAGACCAUUGGGCUGAGAAAGCCAGAGGGUCUUUCGGCUAAUAGGGCAGGUUGUGUGAACAGAGUGACUGUGGGGAAAUGGUUUGAGAUCUAUGACAACCUUCUCACCUCCUUGAGCAUCAAGGAUCUUCCCAGCCACAUCUGGAAUCUUGAUGAGACCGGCCUCCAAGACCACUUCCUCACUUCAAAUGCUGUUGGAGAAAGAGGCCAGCCGUGUUUUCAAAUAACAUCCGGGGAAAGGGGGGAGACCACCACAGUCUUGGCCUCCUUCAAUGCCGCAGGAGAGUAUGGGCGAACGCUCGUCAUCUUUAAGGCCAAAAGACUUAAACCUGAAUGGCUUUUGAACAAGCCCAGAGACACCAUUCUCAGGGUAUCAGAUUCUGGUUGGAUCAACAGUGAGUUACUGGUGGAUUGGGGGAAACAGUUUGUUUCUAUGCUGGACAAAAAUGACCCAAGGCCACAUGUGCUGCUGUUGGAUGGACACAGCAGUCAUGUGUACAACCCGGACUUUCUCAAGCUGAUGAAGGCCACAAAUAUACAUGUCAUGCGUUACCCUGCCCAUGCAACCCACCACCUUCAGCCAGCUGACAAGUCACUCUUCAAAUCCCUCAAAAGCCACUGGACCAAUGAGGGAUGGGACUUCAUUGUCCAGACAGGUGGAGGAAAACUGACUAAGACGAUGUUCUUCACUCUGUUUAGCAAGGCCUGGAAAAAGGCUGCAUCUGUGAAAACAGCACAAGCUGGCUUCAGGGGCACAGGUAUGUUUCCUGUUGACAUAAAGUCCCUAGGAGAGCGGAUCUUUGAACCCGCUGUGACCUCAGAAAGACCCCUGCAACCUGAACAACCUGAGCCUGAAACUGAGCCUGAACCUGAGCCUGAAAUAUCAGAGUGGAUAGGUGGGGAAGUGGUGGUAGGAGAGGAGGCUACCCCAAUAGGCCCAACAUGUGACGAACCAUUUAUACCACCUGUGAUAGAGGUGGCCUUACCCCUGGCUGGCUGUGAACAAGAAGAUGAGGGUGUGACCUUUUCUAACCUGAUUAAGAUCCCAAUGAGAAAAAGAGGGCCGACUAAGAAACGCGCAAAACCACCCUCAUACGUCUUGACAAGCAAUGCACACUUUGAAUACAUCGAAAAGAAAAAACCAAAGAAAAGCAAGAGUGGGGGGAAGAAAGGAAAGACGGCCAUUAAGAAAGAAAGAGUCCAGCCUGGCUCCAGUAGCGAGGGGGCUGAUGUCUGCCGCUCAUGCAAGCUCAGGUAUGGAGCAGCAGAAGACCCAAAGAAAGAAGAGGAAUGGGUGAAAUGUGACUUGUGUGAUGGAUGGUUUCAUCAAACAUGUGCUGAAAUUGAUGGGGUCUUCGAUGACACAAGCUUUACUUGUAGAGGCUGUAUGUUACGGGGGGAGCUGUGAGUUUAGUUUAGUUUAGUUUAAUACGAUCCCCAUUAGCUGGGGCACAGACAAUUGUAAAAUGAAUCUAAUGAGUUCAAUUUCAGUAUUUUCAAAACUAAUAAGUUGAAAUGCAUUAGUGUUUGAGUGAAUUUAACAAAUAAUUUGGGACAGAAUCUUUUUAACAUGUCAAUGCAAUUUAAUUUAAUAAACAGUUCAUGUAAUGCAGUUCAUGAGACCAAAUAGAUACAUGCUUUCCCUGAUGAAGGCUGGUGAGCCGACACACGUUGGUGUUUUUUAAUGGUUUAGCCCUUAAUAAUAAAUGAAUCAUUUUUUGCAUCCUACUGAGUGCUUGGACCUGGAAUUUUUUCCCAAACUGCUUUAUGCUUUCCAUGUAGUUUAUUUUAUUUUAUGUGAGUGAAUUUAGCAAAUUAUUUCGGACAAAAUCAUUUUAACAUGUAAAUGCAAUUUAAUGCAGUUCAUGAGAUCAAAUAAAUACAAUGAUGCAAAUAAAUAGCCUACAUGUUUUCCAUGCUUAACUCCAUGUAAAAUGAGUUGUGCCUCCAAAAUAAAUUGUCCCACUUUGACAAUAGGUGUGUCCCGCUUUACCAAUGUACCCCCCGAAAAUGUGGGGGAUGGUCAGUUGACCUUUGCAUGAGUUUAAUUCUAUCUGCAAUAAGAGUGGUUAAAUUAAAAUUAUUUGAUUAUGCAAAGGACAACCCCAGCUUUCUACAAAUAUACUAUGUUAUAAAUGAUAUCUGGGUUUUUGUUAAAUCAGUUGAGAAAUUGGAAUUUCAAAAAUUGUCCCACUUUACCCAUGUUCACCCUAUACAAAUAAUUUUAACAUGUGAUCAACAACUCACAGGUGUGUUCUCUUGGUUACAAGUGAAAUUUAAUACAUAUAUUGGAUGAUCGAGCUGUUUUUUAACAUUGAACGUAAGUUGACAUUUGUUUCAAACGCCCCGCCUAGUCGGGACGUUUGAAACACACAUGCGGGACGAAACAGCAUAUUUUAAAAAUAAUCUAUUGCCCUUACUCUUGUUUUUAUGCAACAUACUAGACAACAUACUAGUGUACUCUUCAUUGCUAAAAUUUCACAUAAUUCCGCAUAAUAUAAAUAGGUCAAAUUAUAUUUUUGGCCCGUGCGUAAUUGUCAAGAUGCACAUUUCGAUUAAAACUCACCUUUCUUCUUUUGGACGACUAAAUUUGCAUUAAAUUUACUUAUUUCCCUGUCCUAAGUCAUGUUUAAGGAUACACAGUUGAACAUCCUUUUAUUUAUUUUAAACAAAAACUACCAGGUCAACAGGAUAUCAUGAGACCUGUUACAGCGGAAAUUUAUCCAAGCGCCGCACAGGGUUAAUUUCUUUUCGACACGCACAGCCCGGCGCACAGAAGCAUCCGGAGUCUCUGUGGACAGGUGGAACGGGUGAUUGUCCAGCAGGCGGAGCAGCUUCGACUCCUUGGACACGGGUGUGACUGGUGAAGUGGGCCAGGUACAGGAGGAAGUCUGGCUCCUUCAUCCAGCCAGUUGGGUUGGCGGUGCCAGCACAGCCAACGGGUCCACCCCUCAGGAAGUGGUCUUCGAACCGCUUACGGGGGAAGAUAAAGAAUUGCGGAACAAGGUCGCCCUGCGCAUUGCCUGCCAGGGCAACUGUGACCAGGCAGGGUCCCCCUCUCCGCUGAGGUCACUGACCUGACCUGCUUCUGCCCCAUCUGGGCGACGACAGUGGUGACCCCUGUAAAUAGUUGUGUGAGCAUAGUAACUAUAUACACUAUUGCGUAAUUCUUCAGGGAAAGUAUUCGAAUCCAAAGGAAUAGCUUUAAAGAGACUUUAUUUAUAUAAAGUAUUUUCGGUAUGGUAAACUGAUACUCUGAAGCAAAGAGAGAUUGGAGAUGUAUUCUAGCUGACCAAAGCUAUUAACCCUAUCCGUAUGGGCUGCCGAGAGUUUCUGAAGACAAUGUGGAUCUGUAGGCUGUUAUGAUCUGACCAGCGCAGUCCGGAAGUAGUGGGGGGGAGCCGAUGUGAGAUAACCCUCGGGUUUCUCGCCUGGUCUGUGAUGCUGCCUUCUGUGGCUAAAGUAUUUAUUACAGCCUUCAAUAAGGUCUUGCUCCCCUUGUGGCUAUGUAUGGUAUUUACGGCUAAUAUGUUUGGUCCUGCAUCAUUGGGUCUAUGUGUGGGUAGCUUAGAUUCUUAAAAUACGUAACAGUGGGUAGCUUAGAUUCUUAAAAUACGUAACAACACAUACAUAGUUAUGUAUAUAUAGUUGUUUUUAUAUGUAUAUAGUUGUUGGCAUCGUUUCUAUUUAGAUAUCUAGUUAUGUGUAUAUCGUUUUUUUCAUAUUAUAUAGUUGUGAGCAUAGUUUAUUUUUAUAAAUAUAGUUAUGUGUAUAUAGUUGUGUUUUAUAUUAAUAUAGUUAAUAUUAAAUACCGGUUUCAUUAAUGUUCCAAAUAUCCUUGGCCUGGAACUGGUGCCGGUCCAGCACCGUCUUUCAAUUUUGGUAGAACAAGUUGACAUUGUUUUGAUUGAAGCUGGACAACCGUUGUUGGCUAGUGGCCUCUGGACGCCGAAGGGGGAGGCUGCUACUGCGCUCCAUGAAGGAGGUGAUCCAGUCCUUCCUCGACCAGGAUGCAGGGAAUGGGCAGCUGAAAUGCACGGGGUCGUAAAAAGUUGAUGUACAUUUGUGUGUUUAUGUUUAUGUUAUUUGUUCAUAUUUAUUAAUUAAACUAUGUGCAUAGCAUACAUGUGUGCCUGUCCAAAAAUGUAUGUAGCCCUUUUCACAACACUGACCUCAUUAGGGGUGAGCCCAAAAUAAAUGGCUUCACUGCCCUCCUCUGUCCUCCCCUUGAGGUAGCGUGACAACGUGACAUGAUGUUGUCCCAUGCAGGAACCAGCCCACGGGAGGUGGUUCUCCUUCUGAUUUUUCUCAGUAAUCUGUUGAUGCAUGUGAUAAACACGUUUUGUUCAUUCAAAAUAUGUUAUUAAUUCAAAGCAGUAUUUAUUCAUUGCAAAACAUUUAUUAAUUAUGUGAUUUAUACAGGUAUCCAUCGUGCAAUGUGCGCGUAAUUACGCAUGGUGAUGUGCGGGACGUUUGAAACAAGUGUUUCAAUCGUCCCGACAGCGACUACUGACACUUACAUAUUUUUUACCUCUAAACUUCAAAACUCUGACAUUGCAUACUUUAUCACAGGUUUAAGUACUAAUUCAUCUGUUGUAUAGUCAUAUUAUUAUAGCAUGAAACAAAAAAUAAACUCUUUAUUACAAAAAAACUACCGCAGGAAGGAUUUGGCUUAAAAAAAUGCUUAUUUCAAUUUAUACCAAUACGAUGGUGGGCAAAGCUUACCAGUUUGUAUGUUUUUUAUACUUCAUUUUUAUACUUGAUCCGCUGACCGCUUGGAAGCCAUCGGAGUACAUAUUUUUUUAGAAGAAAGGGGUUAUGUGGUAGAAUCUUUAAGAAUGCUUAACUGGGAUAUUUAUAUAUUCAUGGCUCAAAUAUUAACGAUCAUGCUUUUGACGUGUAACUAACGCAUUUACGCGGUCAGCGAUCCGCUGCCAGGCUUUGGUUCUCCGGGUUGCAGAGGCUUUAGCGUUCCCUUUUCUUGUGAUAAUGUCCUUCUCCUCGUCAUAGCUCCCCAGGAGAACCUGAAAUUCCAUUUCAUUGAAAUAAGCGGCCCGUUUCGCCAUUUCGAUCAGGGUUUCCAUGAUCUAUACAUCACGUCUUUUUAGGUUUGGCGGUGACGCGCACAACCCUGUGUUAACCAACCCCGAGUUGGUUGAACAUGCAUAACCGCUGCUGUGGAACCGAAAACUCUGGGUUAGUCGGCAAUGGGUAAAUUAACCUAGAGUUCAGCGUUGACUCAGUGUUUGUUAAACCUCCGUUCGUGGAACACCCCUCUAGACGAGUGUUUCGCAAGCUCUCUUGCGUUGU